UUGAAAGUGAAGAGCUGAAUUGACAAGAAGCAAAAAACCACAGAACAGAUACUCUGUUAUCUUGUAGUCUUUCUGUUCACUUUGUUUCACAAGCUUGUUCAGGCUCUUCCCACUGUCCUUUUCCACCUCUCUUUUCUUUUCUUUUUAUUUAUUUCACAGAUGGCGCUGGGGUAGGCAACUGAUCCAACACAGAAGAACUCAGAGGAGAAAGGAAAACGUGAGCAGUUGUUCUACCCCCGAAAUGAAGAGUCAAUGAAGACGUCGUCAGCCAUGUGUGGAAUUGGGACCUUGUUUUGGGUCCUUUUCCUAAUGCCUUAUCUGUGCGUCUGGAGUAGCCACGGAGAAGAAUCAUGUAAAGUACAACUUUACCUUAAGAGACAGUCCUUGAAUGCCUCGUUGGGAAAUCCCUUUAGUCUGGAAUGUCCUGUGAACUACUGCACUGACAGACCUAAUGUGACUUGGUGCAAGCUCAAUGGGACACACUGUUUAACUCUUCAGAGACCCGUGAGUUGGAAAGAAGAGAAGAACAGUUCAGCUCUUAUUCUUCAUUUUGAAGCCGUGGUUCCUAGUGACAAUGGGUCAUACCGCUGUUCUGCGAAUGUUCAGCCUGAAAAAAUUGAAAGUCACUGGGUAACCAUUUAUGUGCUAGCAUCGACUGACAUUCCAGAUACAAUCGAUGCCUCAGAACCACCCUCCACGAAAGAAAGGGCAGACAGAACUUGGCUUCUUUAUAGUCUGCCUCUCUUGGGAGGAUUGCCUGUCCUCAUCAUUACCUGCUUCUGCCUGUUCUGCUGUCUGAGGAGUCGCCACGAGAAAAAAAAGAAGCCUUCUGAUACAGGGGGCAGGGAAAUCAAUCUGGUUGAUGUUCCCCAGCUGUUUAACAGCGAGCAGACUACAGUGGGCAUCAGGCAAAAUUCCCACACAGUGCCUCCAGAAACUGGGGUGUACGAUGACCCACGGCUUGGGAAGCAGGAAGGAUCUGAAGUUUAUUCUAACCCACGCCUGGAGGAAAACAAACAGGGGAUUGUUUAUGCUUCACUGAACCAUUCCAUCAUUGGAAUGAACUCAAGACCAGCAAGAAAUGUGAAAGAAGCACCUACAGAAUAUGCAUCCAUAUGUGUGAGAAGUUAAGCCUGGUUCUGACUCCAACCAGUGAUGGACUGAAUGAUCAACAUGCCAGGACCAUUGUCUGGACCCAACAGGAUAUCAAAUAAUCUCUCUCAACUUGGGAAUUUUCACUUUAAGAAAGUUCAUGUCGGGACCAGGAGAUGGUAAAAAUGAUUAUAUUGCUGGACUCCCACAGACUCGGUGGCUUAAAACUCACUCUGGUCAUGUGUGCGUGUGUGCCCAAAAUUCCUAGAGGAGAAUGAAGGAGAAAGGAU